AUGGGAUCAGGCGUGUAUAGAGAGGGCCAUGCUCCUGUCAUGGAGGCCCUCCACAGAACGCAGCAAUGCCUGCUGAGGAUUCGUUGCCGUGGACUUCUCGCGGUUAUCGUAUUGCUUGGGUUUGCGUACGCUCCGGCUUCUCCAGCUCCUGUUCCUAUUCCUCCUGCUCCAUAUGAUACCCCGUCAAUUUCUCAUUUUCCCGAGAGUAGACAUCCGCACGAUAUCCCGCGACUUUUGUUGCUCCAUGACUUUCCCGUGAAGAACACGGAAAGGGAGGCUGUGGACAACUCACUGAAGUUCGCUAGGCAAAAGUACAAAAGUCUGAUGAAAUACAUUGAAGACACGGAGAAAAUUGAGGUCACUGCGUUGCCCAUCUCAUCGCAGCCUCAACUGUUCGCCUUCGGAGAAAGCGUCUUUCACUUUAUCCUCAUAAUCUCUUCUUCAGAUAAACAGCAAAUUCGGGAACAGACGGUAAAAGAUAUACUCAGCUGGUUGGACAGCGGAGGUGAAGAGUCGCAAGGAGCUGAUCACGAGGUCCACGGCUACCAGAAACAGCAGCAGCAGCAGCAGCAGCUUGCCGGGCUGCGCAAGGAACAGCCGCAGGAGCAGCAGCAACAAUAUUACUCACCGGUUGAAAAGAGCCGUUCGCUGAUUCUGCUUCUAGGCCCUUCUGCCUCGCCGUCUUUAUUGCAGCUUGCAGCUGCUGUUUUUGGCGCUGAUGCUCUAGCUCCAUCGUUUUUGCAACAGCAAAUUGCUGAUGCAUUUAAUGCCAUUUCUCUCAACAAGCUUGGCAAGAAACAGCAGCAGCAACCGCAUGGAACAGUAUUUGCAGUUCGCGAUUUGCUCAGUGGUCAUCCUCAUGUGGUCACUCCACUUUCAGAGGAUGAGUUGCUGCUCUACAGUGGAGCGUAUCACCUGGGAUCUCUCCAAGUCGGCUGUGGUGGUCGGCACUGCGCGAAGGAAGUUCUGCCUCCAUAUGCCUUUCCUUUGCUUUUGGCGCCUCCUACUGCAUUCGCCCUAGAAAACAAUAUCCGCAGCAGCAGCAGCAGCAAUAACAAUAGCACUAGCAGGAUGGCACUCGCUUCCGCGUCGCAAAUGAGGGGCAACAAUCGAGUUCUUCUUCUUAGUGGGCCGGACGCCUGCAGUAGCAUCUUCACGUCUCUCGAAUCAAUCCCUCUUAAUGGAUAUGAAUUCAAAGUUGCGAAUGAUAGAUUCUGCACAGAAGUACUGGCUUGGGCCCUGAAUAGGAGGGGAGUUCUCCGCUGGUCGAACGUCAAGCACCAGAAGGUGGGCAAUGGAGACAGUCAUAUGUACACCGUCGGUGAGCACCUGCGCUUUUCGGUGGAUCUCCAUGAACUUAAAGGAGGUUCGUGGCACCCGUUUGAGGGCAAUGAUGUUCAGCUAGAGUACUCAUUGGGCGAUCCUCUCAUUCGUCUCUUUCUACAGAGGCAAAACGGUAGCCCCACUUUCUCUACAGAAUUUAAGGCCCCCGACAGGGCAGGGAUUCUCAAGUUCGUGCUGCGUCACGCACGGGUAGGAUAUAGCUCUCUGCUUAUUCACUCCUUGGCUCCUUUAAGAACUCCGCGCUUUGAUGCGGCUGAGAGGUUCCAUCUUGGCGGGGCAUUCUACUACUUCGUGGUGAUUCUUGUCCUUUUCGCCAUCUCGGAGAUACGAAGUGCAGCGCAAGAGGGGAUGCGGAGGCCGCUGGCUUUCCCUCAUGCAAGCGAACCUUCACCUUCUUCGUCGGAAGACGAAGAUGCAGCAGAGAGGGCCCUCAGAUUUCGAGUGUACACGACCAAAGCAAAAGACGCAGGUGGUCCCUCCCGUCCCCAGCAUGUGGUGGACAAACCUAUUGUUUGGGGCCCUGCUGUCAUGCCACUUUCUGCAAUUAUAGACUGCCAAGACAAAGAAGCAGCAGGAGCCGCACGUAGAUCCAGAAGCGACGUUAAGGGAGUUUGGGAGUGUUUUGUUCUAAAAGGUGUUCUGUCGAAUGCGGAAUGCCAGCGAAUUAUUGAGAGUGCCGAGAGUCAGGGAUUCGAGUACUGGGCGAAGGAGGCAGAUACUGGUGCUUCAAUGAGCCCCAGCGUCGACUCUGCAAACAGCAAAAAUAGCGCUGAUGACCGCAAUGAGAGAAGCGAGAACGUUAGCCCAAGCAGCCGGCUGAGUAAAAAGGCAAACCAUAGUUAUCGAUCUGCGCACACCUUGGAAGUGGAGCAUCCGGAUCUUGCUGAGGUCAUAUGGCAACGCGUGGGAAAUCUGGUUGUCAAAGAGGUUCAUUUUUCGCCAGACGAUGCUGAGAGAUUCGAGCGAGACUUAGAGGGCACGUGGGAAGCCUGCGGAGUCAACAGCACACUACUUUUCGCGAGGUACGCGAGUGGAGAAAAUUUUGGGCCGCAUACUGAUGGCUGUACUAUCAAAGACUUCAAUUGCCGGUCUCUGUGGCCCAUGGUCAUAUACCUGAACACCCCAGAAACUGGAGGGGAGACUGCCAUACUCAAAGAAGCGCAGAAGGACUUACCGUUUAAGACUGACGCAGCAGGAAGGCUCACAGCUGACCCUGAAUGCGUGGUUUACAGCUGUAAGGCGAAAGUUGGAAAUGCCUUGCUCUUUUAUCAAGCUCAGAUGCAUGAGGGCAGGCCGGUGGGGAAUGGAAGCGUGAAAUAUAUUAUCCGAACGGACAUCAUGUACAGGCGGAAGGAACCGCUGUUUACAACUCCAGCCGACAAGCGGGCGUUCGCUCUGUGGCAGGAGGCGCAGCUACUUGCAGAGAAGGGCGAGACAGAUGCUGCGGCGCAGCUAUUCCGCCAGAUGACAAAGGUCUCUCCGGAACUCGCACACUAUUACGGCAUGUAA